GACCCUCUUUUCAGUUGCCAGCGAGUUAUAGAGCGGAUAAGUCGCAUCGGCGCGGUUUAUUUUUUAUGUUUCGCGGAACAUAAUAUCAGUGGAAAAUACAAAAGUGCAGCGUAGUGAUGUGAAAUUCAAUAUACACAGAAAUGCCAGCCACAGCUGAAUCAAUUCCACAGAAAUUAAACUAAGCUCAUUACUGUGAACUGUAAAUCACAGUUCGGUGAUUGAAAAUCUCUGAAAAUAUUUAUCGGUCCAAAACUUGGGGGGCGAGUAGUAAAUCCAAGUUUAUGAGUCCACAAUCAAAGUUCAUAACCCGCUAUCGAGGUUUUUUGGUAGUUUGUUGAACGUUUCUGAUACUGAACUAAAUUGGAGAGCUACAAAUAAAGGCGUAAUGAUAAGAGGGCAAAGAAACUAAAAAACCGGCUAGACGACAAUUAAAAUUAGUACCAAAAAUACGGCCAUACACGUGCAAUUAAUUAAAGCGAGAAAUCCGAUUCAGUGACAUACCCGCACUUCAAGGCGAGUGCGCAUAAUAAAAAUGAGCGCGACAGAGGCACACUCCGAAAAUGCGGCACGAAGGCGGAAUAGUUGGCCUAGUGGGAACAGUGAGAACAGCGAGAACACCGCGUCCGGCGCCGUCAGGGAACAGCGAGACGAGGGGGCGUGCCGCUCCGUUUGCCAGUGGGCGUGGCAUGUGGUCAAAUCCAUAUCGGUGGAGCCCACAAUGUUCCUGUACAUGUUCGCCUUCAUGAUCACCUCGGUGGUGGAGCAGAACUUCUUCAUUUACAAAUCCUGCCGGGUUAACAGAAAUUUCACGGAGGAGAUCUGCCUGAAUCUCAACAAGCCGGAGAACGAGGAGUUCAGAAAGAAGGCCAUGUCGACCAAUGCCUGGUUUCUCCAGUGGGAGAGCAUCUCCGCCCACGUCUUCUCCAUUAUCCUUGCCCUUUUUCUAGGCUCCUUCUCGGAUCGGCGGGGCAGAAAGUUGCCACUGCUCAUGGGAUUGGUGGGCAAGUUCUUCUACUCCACGAUGAUAGUGGUCAAUGCUAAGAUGCCCACGUGGCCGGUGCAGAACAUCAUCUACUCGGCCACCCUUCCAUCGUCGUUGACCGGCGCGGAUGUGGCCAUUUUCGCCUCCUGCUUUGCGUACAUCUCGGACAUUUCCACGCUGGAGCAGCGCACCAUCCGGGUGACCAUCCUGGACGUGAUCUACCUCAGUGCCAUGCCCCUGGGCGUGGCCCUCGGCUCGCAUCUCUUUUACAACGUGUUCAACCAGUCCUACGCGGACAUGUUCAUCGUGAACGCUUCACUACUUGCCCUCGCCAUCAUCUACACCCUGUGCGCCCUGAAGUGGCAAACGACGCCGAGGCAGCGAUCGUUGAGGGAACUCGGAUACUGUGGCUUUUGGGGCGACUUCUUUGAUAAGCAGCAUGUGAAGGACUCGUUGGCGGUGCUGAUAAAGCCGCGGAACGGACAUCGCCGCAGCUUUCUCAUUAUCCUUCUGGUCAGCAUGGCGCUGUACACCUUCCAGCGCGACGAGGCGCAGUACCUCUACAUGUACACCCUGGGCAAAUUUGACUGGGAUGUGAGUGCGUAUAGCCACUUCAAGACCUUCAAGUCGUCGGCCUAUGUGAUUGCCAUGCUGGUGGCAGUGCCGCUGAUGAACAAGCUCCUUGGAUGGAGGGAUACGACAAUUGUUUUCAUUGGCACCUGGGCACAUUCGAUAGCCCGGUUGUUCUUCUAUUUUGCCACCAAUACGGACGUGCUCUACGCCGGCGCAGUUGUCUGCAGCUUGGGCCCGAUUGUGGGUCCCAUGAUCCGCGCCAUGACCUCCAAAAUAGUGCCCACAUCGGAGCGCGGAAAGGUGUUUGCACUGCUCUCAGUUUGCGAUAAUGCGGUGCCCUUCAUCAGCGGAGUGUGCUAUUCGCAAAUUUAUCGGGCUACUCAGAGUACCAACUACGGCGGAAAUGUCUUCAUCCUAACUAUUGCCACCCAAAUCGCUGUCUUUGUGAUGAUACUUUGCAUUCACAUUGUUUUGGGCGAAAAUCCACUGGCUGUUCCAGAAGUUCCUGAGAAGGAGAGCGGACUUAUCUCCCAAAAUGCAGCUGUCUUGGCGGCGGAAACUGAACAGCCCACGAAUCAGCCUGUAAAAUAACUUAAACGAUUCCUAAUUAAAAGACUUGAACCCAGAGCAGCUAUUGCAAUUAACAUUUUGCCAAUGUAUAUCAUUCCCAAUACAUUUUAAAUAAAACCAAAACUUUUCUAUAUUU